AUGUUAGCUGAAUUUGAUAUGACAGAUUUGGGAUUGCUUCAUUACUUUCUGGGACUUCAAAUUAUUCAAAAUGAUCUUGAUAUAUUUAUUUCACAAGAGAAAUAUGCGUGUGGCUUGUUGAAAAAAAUUAAUAUGUUUCAUUGUAAGACUUGUUCUACUCUUAUGAAUAUAAAUGACAAAUUAUGUCUCAAUGAUAAGACUGCAAAAAUAAAUAAACACUUUUAUAGAAACAUUGUUGCUGGUUUGAUGUAUUUAACUCAUACUCAUCCAGAUAUAUUAUUUUUAGUUAGUAUGAUUUCAAGGUUUAUGCAAUCACUAUAUGUUCAUCAUCUUGGAACAACAAAAAGAAUACUUCGAUAUGUGUGUGACACUAUUAAUUAUAGAAUUCUAUAUCAACAUGUUGCUGAAUUUUAUUUUCUAUCUCUUCAAAUAGUGAUUGAGCAAAUUCUAUUGAUGACAUAA